AAAGGUACCGCAGCACAAGCUCAGAGACAGCGGGUUGUUUGUUUCCACCAGCAUCUCUCCACCUUAUCGUAUGGAGGACCACAGAGAAGAAUCAGACAUGGGUACCGCGUGCCAUUGUACAGAGCACAGAGACAGAAACACCAACGCCAUCCUAUACAACAUCCUCAGCCAAAUGGAGUCCAGGGACCCGCGACAGAGCAACCCGAACCGCAGCCUGUUCUCCCAUCCGUGCCACUGCGACCGACGACGGAGGGUCUGCCUGAAGAAGCCUUCCAAGACCUGCCAGGAGGCGUCCACAGUGCUGGUGAAAACCGUUCACUUUAUGAAGAACUUGCCGGCGUUUAACCAGCUGCCGCUCAGCGAUCAGUUUUCGCUGCUCCAGAAGUGCUGGGCGCCGCUCUUCAUCUUGGGUUUGGCCCAGGAAGGGGUGCGCUUCGAGGUGACCGACACGCCGGCCGACAGCAUGCUGAAGAAGAUCCUGAUGAACCGUCAGGAGAGUGUGGACGCGGAGCGAGAGCAGCCCACCGUGGCGGGCGUCGGUAAACUUAAGUCCUGUCUCAAGAGGUUUGGCAGUUUGGAUUUGAGUCCGAAGGAGUACGCGUACCUCAAAGGGACCCUGAUAUUUAACCCUGACAUACCGGAACUGAACGCGGCUCUCUUCAUCGAAGGCCUGCAGCAGGAGGCCCAGAAGGCUCUGGAAGAGGUGGGACAGCCCCUCCACCCAGACGACCCUGGACGCUUCGCACGCAUCCUGCUGUCGGCGUCCAUGCUGCAGACCAUUCCCCCUACGCUCCUCACUGAACUGUUCUUCCGGCCCCUGAUAGGCCAGGCCGAUCUUGUGGAGCUGCUGGUCGAGAUGCUGUUGUUUAGGUGACGCUGAUGAACGAGAAACGUUCGCACGGUCAAGGAAAUGUUCCCCUGCAAAUGAAGGCGCGCACAUGCACAAAAGAAAUAGGUGAAGGUUUGCGUUGCAUACCACAAUGUCAUAUUUACAUUCGAUGGAAGGUCACUGUACAUGUCUUUAUUGAUUAAAUGAAUUGAGAUCAAUAGUAGCAAACUCUCAAAAAAAAAGUAUGGAAUAAUAGGUUCCACAAAUGACAUGCUUUGGGAUUUAGAAUAGGAUUUGCCUCAUGUUUGUUGUAAAUAUUUUUUUCAAGAUAUUUUUUUUCUUAAAAUAAAUAUAUUUUUUGUACACUAAAAA